CAUCUUCCACAAGGAGAAAGAGAAGAAAAACCCCAAACCAAAACCCUAUCCACUCUCAUUUGGCGCCAAACCACAAAAAUGAGCUCCUGCAAAACCCUAAUCCGUACAUCUCUCUCCUCCCUCGAUUCGAAAUUCCACUCAUUUUCCCCGAAUCUCUUCUUUCCUUCCCUCUCUCUUCGCCAACCAAAACAAGGACCCAGUUUCCCGUAUGUCCGUGCGAGAAAAUACGGCACCGUUCAAGCUGCGAUUUCUGUAGAAACCUCUGAUGGUAAUACUACUAAUAGCUUCUUAGUGAACGAACAACACAAUGACGAAGAGACCGACACGACAUCAGCUAAUGACACCGUGGAGAAGUUACUUACGAAUAAAGAUGACGUGACCCAGUUGAUGAAAAUGGAGCGGCGGCCGAUGGGCGCCUUGAGCGGAGGAGGCGGGGAGAAUAGGCGGUGGUUCCCGUACUUGGAUAGGUAUAAGUGUGGAGAGGUGUCAUUGAAUAGUAGUGAGGUUGUGGAGGCGGUGGGGCCGUACUUGAUGGCGGAGAGGAAGGACAGGUUUGUGAAUGUGGUGAAGAAUAGGAGUUAUUCGGUGUGUUUGGUGGUGGAGGGGCUCAGUGAUUUCGGGAAUGUUUCAGCUGCGUUUCGGUCGGCUGAUGCCCUCGGGGUGCAGUCUGUUCAUGUCGUAUCGUGUGACAGCUCGAAAAGAUAUAGAGAAAAUCGGCAUGUCAGCAUGGGCGCAGAGAAAUGGUUGGACAUUGAACUUUGGGACACUCCCCAAGAGUGCUUUGAAGUUUUAAAAUCACGAGGUUAUCGAAUUGCCACAACGCAUGUGGGCAUGGAUGCGGUUUCCAUUUAUGACAUGGAUUGGUCGUGCCCGACUGCAAUAGUAGUGGGGAACGAAAGUAGGGGAAUAAGUGAUGAGGCGCUGGAACUGUCAGAUUUGCACUGCAGUAUUCCAAUGAAAGGCAUGGUGGAUUCUUUUAACGUCUCGGUUGCUGCAGGCAUCCUCAUGCAUCAUGCUCUUUGCAACCGUGCUUUUCGCUUGGGUUGUCAUGGUGAUCUGACGUCGGAAGAAAAACAAAUCCUAUUAGCAGAGUUCUUACUGCGUCACAGCAAGAGUGCGAUAAGCAUAGCCCAGGAUUAUGCCAAGCGAAAGGCGAGUAUGCCCCUGUGAUGAAGUGUAACCUUAGGGAAUAUUCACAAAUUGUGACCCAAAAUCCCUCUGGAAAAUGACUGCAAAGAAGUCAUACACCAUGAAGCCAAAGAAGAAGCCCAGAUGGGAUGUUGUGCUAAAAG